AGCGCUGCUGGGAGGACCGAGAUUCGCUCCUCUUCUUCAUAGACGACCUAACGGAGGAGCAGCGAAGUGCGUCCGAGCGAGUGACUGGCUGGGGGAGCGAGGUGUGAGCCGAGCCGGCCGCCGGAAGGAGCGCGCCGCCCACGGCUGCGGCCCUGGAAUGGCUAUGCAGAUGCAGCUUGAAGCAAAUGCAGACACUUCGGUGGAAGAAGAAAGCUUUGGUCCACAGCCUGUUUCCCGGUUAGAGCAAUGUGGCAUAAAUGCCAACGACGUGAAGAAAUUAGAGGAAGCUGGUUUCCAUACGGUCGAGGCUGUUGCUUAUGCACCAAAGAAGGAACUAAUAAAUAUUAAGGGAAUUAGUGAAGCCAAAGCGGACAAAAUUCUGACUGAGGCAGCUAAGUUAGUUCCAAUGGGUUUCACCACUGCAACUGAAUUUCACCAACGGCGGUCAGAAAUCAUACAGAUUACUACUGGCUCCAAAGAGCUUGACAAACUGCUUCAAGGUGGAAUUGAGACUGGAUCUAUAACAGAGAUGUUUGGAGAAUUCCGAACUGGGAAGACACAGAUCUGUCAUACAUUGGCUGUAACAUGCCAGCUUCCCAUUGAUCGAGGUGGAGGGGAAGGAAAGGCCAUGUACAUUGACACCGAGGGCACCUUUAGGCCAGAACGGCUGCUAGCAGUGGCUGAGAGGUAUGGUCUCUCUGGCAGCGAUGUCCUAGAUAAUGUAGCAUACGCUCGGGGGUUUAACACAGACCACCAAACCCAGCUUCUUUAUCAAGCAUCAGCCAUGAUGGUAGAAUCCAGGUACGCACUGCUUAUUGUAGACAGCGCUACUGCCCUCUACAGAACAGACUACUCAGGCCGAGGUGAGCUCUCAGCCAGGCAGAUGCACUUGGCCAGAUUUCUGAGGAUGCUGCUGCGACUUGCCGAUGAGUUUGGUGUAGCAGUGGUCAUCACCAACCAGGUAGUAGCCCAAGUGGACGGAGCAGCCAUGUUCGCUGCAGAUCCUAAAAAACCCAUUGGAGGAAACAUCAUUGCCCAUGCAUCAACAACCAGGCUGUACCUGAGGAAAGGAAGAGGAGAAACCAGAAUCUGCAAAAUCUACGACUCUCCCUGUCUUCCUGAAGCUGAAGCUAUGUUUGCCAUUAAUGCAGAUGGUGUGGGAGAUGCCAAAGACUGAGUCGUUAGGGCUGCUCCCCUGUGAUGCACCUGUAAAUGCUGAGUAGCCUAAUGCAGAGCACC